GUUGAGACCGUAGAGCGUACGGACGUGUUAACGCUGACUGUUCGCUUGUUACCCAUACAAAUACUCGGUGCAAAAACAGUGACAAACUACAGUUUUUAUUUGAUUUUUACCUAAAGGAAAAACAGCGACAGGCAAAGUUUAUUAGCUUUGUCAACAAAACAGUAACUGGUGCCACAAUAUGCCGCCCAACGCAACCGCCGGAGGGCAGUCGAUUACCGACUCGCUAAUCUCGGCCGCUGCCACAGCAGCCGCCGAGUCGGAGCAGAAUCCCACCAAGCUGCAGCAGGACUCGACCGGUGUGCUCUUCGAGUGCGAUGCCGAGACCAUCGAUGGCGGCCUCGUCAAGGAUAUCGUCUCCAUGAAAAAGGCCGACAGGCGCAAACUGAAACUCGUCUGGCGCAAUAUAAUUCUCUUCGGCUAUUUGCACUUGGCCGCACUCUACGGCGCUUGGCUGAUCUUCACCUCGGCCAAAUGGCAGACAAUUGCUUUGGCUUUCGUUCUUUAUGCUGUCUCUGGCUUGGGCAUUACUGCUGGCGCUCAUCGUCUGUGGGCCCAUCGUUCGUACAAGGCUAAGUGGCCGCUGCGCGUGAUUUUGGUGCUAUUCAAUACGGUGGCCUUCCAGGAUGCCGCCUUCCAUUGGGCUCGCGAUCAUCGUGUGCAUCACAAGUACUCGGAAACCGAUGCCGAUCCGCACAAUGCGACACGUGGCUUCUUCUUCUCGCACAUUGGCUGGCUGCUGUGCAAGAAGCAUCCCGAGGUGAAGGCCAAGGGCAAGGGUGUUGAUCUGUCCGAUCUGCGUGCCGAUCCCGUCCUGAUGUUCCAGAAGAGACACUACAUGAUUCUGAUGCCCCUGGCCUGUUUCAUUCUGCCGACUUUGGCGCCCAUGUACUUCUGGAAUGAGACCUUGAUGAAUGCCUGGUUUGUGGCCACCAUGUUCCGCUGGUGCUUCAUUUUGAAUGUGACCUGGCUGGUGAAUAGUGCUGCACACAAAUUCGGUGGCCGUCCCUAUGACAGAUUCAUCAAUCCUUCGGAGAACAUUUCUGUUGCGUUGCUCGCUUUCGGCGAGGGCUGGCACAACUAUCAUCAUGUGUUCCCCUGGGACUACAAGACCGCUGAGUUUGGCAAAUAUUCGCUAAAUCUGACCACGGCCUUCAUUGAUUUCUUUGCCAAGAUUGGCUGGGCUUACGACCUAAAGAGCGUCUCCCCCGACAUUAUCAAGAAGCGUGUGAAGCGCACCGGCGAUGGCACCCACGCCACCUGGGGCUGGGGCGAUAAGGAUCAGCCAAAGGAGGAGAUCGAUGAUGCCGUGAUUACACACAAAAAGAGCGAAUAAAUUAAUAGCGCAUCACGCGCUAAAGCCAGAAUGAAUUGAAUCAAAUGAUAAACAGAAUCAAUCAGAGAAACAACAUAAUGAAAGAAAUCUUCAAUUUUACACAUGCCGGCUAAAGGAUAUUCAAAGCAGCAUAGCAAAAAAAAAAAAAAAA